AUGGAUCACACAACCACCCACUGGCGGCACCUGAUGAGCUUGAUGUCUCGGCGCAUGACUCUGUACACGGAGAUGGUAUCGGUGCCUCCUGCGCCUCUGUCUCCGCAUGGCGACAACGACCUCCCGGCAGCCAUUAAAAGAAGGCUUCGGGAGGAAGCUGCGAGUCUCUCCACAGUUCCGAACGACGUAGUUCUGCAGGUGGGUGCGGGGACCCUGGAGGGCGCUGUCGCGGUCGCCCGCCUCCUUCGGAGUCAGGCGUUGUGCCAAACUGGAUCAGAGGAACGGAGCCGCGGAGAGACGAGACGAGGGCGAUUUUUCGUUGUCAAUCUGAACUGCGGCUGCCCUAGCCCGCGCGUCGCGAGUGGAUCCUUCGGACUGCUCCUUAUGGAAGACCCCGCGCGCGUCGCAGACAUAUGCUGUGCAUUGUUCGAUGGGUUGAGCAACGCCACCGCGCGGAUCUCAGCGAGAUUCGACUCCGCUAUGAGCAGCAGCACAUGCUCCGGACAAGGCAACGACGGGCGAGUGACUCAGCUGAAAGAGUCACUAGGGGUACGUGGCUUUCAGGUUUCGGUGAAAUGCCGAGUGGGGAUUGAAGAGGAUCGCCGCUUUUUGCGGUCAGGCGCAAAUAAGUUAGCAGCGGACACGGCCGCCGCUGCACCGUCGGGGUCUCCGUCAUGCACCUACGAGAAGCUUGCGGAGUUUAUUGCCUCCGUUGCCGAGCACAGUCCUGUGAGACACUUCGUCGUCCAUGCCCGUCCUGGGGUGCUUGUUGGCAAGUUGUCCCCGACGGAGAAUCGCAGUAUUCCUGAGCGGCGGCCCGAGUGGGUUUACAGGCUCUGUGCGGACUUCCCACACCUCUCGUUCACCCUCAAUGGCGGCAUCGAAUCGUUCGAGGAAGCAGAGGACCAUUUGGUCAAGACAGCCGACGCGCUCGCCGGAAUCAUGGUGGGACGGAGUCUACUGGAAAAGCCUUGGUAUUGGGGCUCUCAGGCGGACAAAUUCAUUGCUUCGCAGGAGCUGCGCCGCCGGCGGUGUCUGGCCGCUGAGCUCUCUUCUGGUCGCGGAGGAACGACCGGAGCGCGGCUCGCACGGGCGCGCAGAGAAGGUGGCGGAGUAGGCGAGAGAGCUGCACCGGGAGAGUGUACAGUUCGGGAUAACCCGGGAGGCAGUGGUCGCGGGUGCACGCGGAGGGACGGCGAGGCGAAGCCGGCAAGGGCCGAAGUACUGGAACAAUAUGCCCGGUACGCCGACGAAGUAGAGAGGAAUCAGGGGCUUUCCCCUGCAGCAGAGGAGCGGCAAGAAGAGGGCACAGCACGGUUGAAGUUUGGUCGAGAAGAGGAGGGGCAACCUAAACGGAGCAGUCGAGCUGCACUGCUGAAGCCGCUGUUGAAUCUCUUUGCCGGCGAGCCAGGAAGUCGCGCUUUCAAGAACAGUCUUCAGCUCGGCGCCGGUAGUUCAGGUGCCUCUUGCAGCUCAGAGGCUGGUCACAGAACAGCGGCACGUGGGCAGACGGGCGCUCGCACCAACUUAGGCGAAUGCGGCAAGCAGAUGCUGGCCCCGAGAGGCCGCGGGCUCCAGUUCCCAAGGACAGAGACGGCAGGCGAGAUUAUUCGCAAGGCCAUGGAGGUUGUUCCAGUAGACCUCCUCGUAUAA